AUGUAUUGGGCAUGUCGAACCAUCGUUUGCCGAAUAGUGCUGUUUUCCAUGCCCAACUCAGAGUGGCGGAAGCAGAGCGGUCGCCAACUCUUGACCCGCCAGAAUGGUAUGAAGGAGAUUACGGGACGUUUGGGUGCCAUCGGCGCUACUCUUCCACUAGGAUGGGGACCGUGUGAUCACCACAGCGCCUGGAAAAUUCGUGGAGAACUGGAGCGCACCGAACAGGAGAUCCGUCGUCGAGUAUCGAUCUCAAACCAAGACGUUACGAAAACGACUAUUACCUGUAUUCUUUGCGGCCGGUCAGAAAGCCACACUAACUUAAAACGGAUACCGGAUACACAAUGGGCUGUUUGCGCCGACUGUGGCAACCAUGCUUGUCACAACUGCGGUUCCUUCCUUGGUAAGACGGCAGACAAAGAUCCUGUAUGGCUGUGCAACUUUUGUCAGAAAAAGCGGAAGUUGGAGAUCAGCUCCGGUGCUUGGCUUACCAACCUGACAGCGACAUCGAAACAAUCAAAAACGCUGAAAAAAUAUUUGGCUCACAAGCGACCACUUGCUCGUACGUCUUCAUUCACGCAAUAUGAAGAAUGGAUUGAUCGGGUUGGAGAGGAUACACCAAGUGACACAAGCAGUCAAGAUGAACAACCCAACGUGGUGCCAAAAGACACGAGGCGAUUCAGUGAUACACAUUUUCUUUCGCAGGUGUAUCGAGGUCGUCGGUAUCUCAUGGAGCAUGUUUCCCCUGAAUGCAAUCGGCAAGGCAAACAUCUUGAACCGUGUUCUCCUAACCACUCACAGAGAUCAGAGGAGACUGUAAGUAAGAAGGAUAGUGGUCACGCUUCUUCAGCAGACGAGAUACAGUCUAAUGAAAUGGACCAAGAGACUGAUAAUGUGAUUCCACCGCAAGAAUUCCCGCUAUCAAGCAAACUGAUAUUGGAGUCAAAGCACUGGAUGAACCCGGAGGAUCAACCGGAAGAUAGGAUACCAAGUUGCGAUCUCUCAGAUGAACCAAAUACAGCGCAGCGACUUGAAGAUGCUCCUGACUUGGAAUCACCAUCAGAGACAGUUAUUCACCCUGAUACCUCUGAAGUGAAAACUUUAUUUCUGCAUCCAAAGCCAUCCUGUUCUGAGCCCAAAUCAGCGUCAACAUCCACUGUGACGGAGAAGACCAUUGGGAUGAUGUGGCCGCCUCGAGCUCUUUGGUUAAACGUCAAUGAAAACCCUGCGAAGAACUGGUCCAUUUACGACAGUUUCAAUGAGUCUUUCAACGAAAUAGACUAUCCUGAAUUUGAGGAUUCCGCUAUCAACCAGCAGCAAGUACCACUGUCGAAAGAGAAAGCAUAUGAGGAACUUUGGUUUGGUAUUCAGCAUGGUGCACAAGCAUUUAAAAGUUAUCCGCCCUCCCAGACUCUGGAUCUUUGUUCGAUUCCUACUGAUGACCUUGACGAAGGGUCCCUCAGUCACAAUGUGAAAGAGAGCACCCCUUCCCCAAUAGAAACAAACCAAACAGCACACCCUGGUCCUUUUUAUCAAACCAGGCCGGUUAAGAAGACAGAACAACUGGAAACUACGGAAAACAUGGUUUCCUAUCUUCCCAAGGAAGCACAGUGUGAUCGUUUGGCAGUGUGUAAAAAACUAGACUCGGAUGGCCAUUUAGACGUCUUCUCAGAGGACUCAGUGACGCGAAAUUCCCUCCGCAGAUCGCCGAGUCCCACUGAUCUAGAGGUUGUAGCAGAAACUGAACUCCCGCGCGUGAGCUGUAGCACGUCCGACGAAGAUACUUGCACAACUGAAACAUACAUUGUUGCUGGUAGACAACCUGGUACAGAAGAGUCAGGAUUACGUGAAUCAGACGACACAAGAAAUAAAACAGACUUUCAGUUUUUCCAGUCAGACUUAGGAGAACUUAGAGGUCCACAAAACCGAAGGGAUAGGCAAUUUGAUGAAUCCGACAACGAGUGGGCUAGAGUAGAGUUCGAAGCGUUUUACAACCCUGAUUUUCAGUAUACGGUUGGCGGUUCAACCGGUGUGAAUUUGUCUUCUUUUGGACAAGUUUCCUGCUCUCAGCCAGGAGAUGCCAAUCAAUAUGUCACGCAGCAAAGCAUUACUACCAGUCCCGAGAUAAUUUAUCCGGGACUGGAUACCUAUGAACGAUGGAUAAGCGACAUAUCUCAGUUCAGUUACCCCGUGGAAGCCGUUUCAGGACAAACUGCUCUCACUGGUGUACCCGGCAUUGUUGGGUUACGAAGAUGUCCACAUUUUGAAAAUAUCAGUGGUUUAACAGAGGCAACGGUUGUUGACAAAGAAUCCGAGGUGUUGCCCACUCAAGGAGAGACAGAAGCGCAGGAACUGUUGGCGAAUUCGAAAGAAGACACAGAAGAGUUCACAGCAAACGAGGAAAGGCCUACUCGUGUAUGGUUUCGUGACGCUCAUCUACAAGUUGAGUGUUGCGACAAGCUGAACGGUCGUGCAACUCUGUAUCGGUCCUUGGCCUCCUGCUUCGCUCAAAAGGCUUCAGACAGCCAUUUAGGGAGAAAAGGGAAGAUUAGUACAACUGUAUUUAUAGGGUGA